CCUUCCCCCCUUCCCUCGGAUUUUGACGACCUCACAACUCCCAGCCCCCUCUCUCUCCUCCAUUUUUUCUCUCUCCUCUCCCCCCAUUUUUCUCCCUCCACUCUCAACAAACACUCCAUUUCCCUCCAACUCUCACUCCUAGAUAUUUCGUCAACAGAAGCAGUCUCUGGACAUCGUCGUCUUCUUCUUCGUCGUGUUCGCCGUCUCAGAAAUCGCGGUGUCGGUAUUUUGUUACUAUUAGUCGAGCUCAAUUGGUUCUCUGCAGUUGAUAAAAUUUUACUAGAUUAGUUUUUCUAAGAAGGAAGCUCAAACCGGGGUCUGGAGGUGUUUUGAGCUGAAAGGGAGGUAUAUAGAUGAGAGAUCUGUGCUGAAAACCAUCCUCUUAUCCUCAAAUAUAUACAACAAAGAAAUUCAACUGAUAAAGGUUAACAAUAAGAAUGAGUUCAUCGGAGGUAGCGUCGAUGAAAGCGACAGACGAAGCAGGAAUUAAAUCACGACAUCAACAUCAUCAUCACGGCGGCGCUAUUACCGGAAAAGGUGCAGUGGAUCCGGAAACAGCGCUGUACAAGGAGCUGUGGCAUGCUUGUGCUGGUCCUUUGGUGACAGUGCCUCGUCCUAAUGAGCUUGUUUAUUACUUUCCUCAAGGACAUAUUGAGCAGGUGGAAGCUUCUACUAAUCAAGCUGCUGAUAAGCAAAUGCCUAAUUACAGUCUUCCAUGGAAGAUCUUGUGUCGUGUAAUCGACGUGCAAUUGAAGGCUGAAGCAGAUACAGACGAGGUGUAUGCACAAGUGAUGUUGCUUCCUCAACCUCAACGAGAAGAGAGCUCUAUGGAGAAGGAACCUCCACCGCCUCCACAACCGCAUUUUCAUGUACACUCUUUUUGUAAGACAUUGACUGCUUCAGACACGAGUACUCACGGAGGGUUCUCCGUGCUUAGGCGACAUGCUGAUGAAUGCCUUCCACCUUUGGAUAUGUCUCGACAACCACCUACACAAGAGUUGGUGGCCAAGGAUCUACAUUCAAAUGAGUGGCGUUUCAGGCAUAUUUUUCGGGGUCAACCCAGGAGGCAUCUGCUUCAAAGUGGUUGGAGUGUGUUUGUUAGCUCAAAGAGACUUGUAGCUGGUGAUGCAUUUAUUUUUCUAAGAGGUGAGAAUGGCGAACUUCGCGUUGGAGUGAGGCGUGCCAUGAGGCAGCAAGGUGUUGUACCGUCAUCCGUCAUAUCAAGUCAUAGUAUGCAUCUUGGGGUUCUGGCAACAGCAUUGCAUGCAAUCAACUCUGGGACCAUGUUUACCGUUUAUUACAAACCUAGGACAAGUCCUGCUCAGUUCAUUGUUCCAUAUGAUCAGUACAUGGAGUCUGUGAAAAAUCAGUACUCUAUAGGGCUGAGAUUUAAGAUGAGAUUUGAAGGGGAAGAGUCUCCGGAGCAAAGGUUUACAGGUACUAUUGUUGGCAUUGAAGAUGCCAAUCCCCACAGGUGGCAAGACUCUAAAUGGAGGUGUUUGAAGGUCCGCUGGGAUGAAACUUCCACCAUACCUCGUCCAGACAGGGUCUCACCUUGGCAAACUGAACCGGCUCUGACUCCUCCCACAAUAAAUCCCCUUCCAGUUUCUAGAGCAAAAAGGCCGCGUGUAAAUGUGGUUACCCAAUCUUCAGAGUCCUCUGUUCUUACGAGAGAAGGUUUGGCUAAAGUCACAGCAGACCCUUCACCUGUUGGUGGGUUUUCAAGGGUCUUGCAAGGUCAAGAGUAUCCAACCUUUAGACCCAGUCUUGCAGACAGCAAUGAGUCUGAAACUGUAGAGAAACCAAACGUGUGGUCCAAUUCUGUUGAUGAGGAAAAAGCUGAUAAUGCCAAUGCUUCACGGAAAUAUGCAUAUGAAAAUUGGAUAUCAUCCAUCAGGCCUGAACCAACCUAUACUGAUCUGCUGUCAACUUUUGGUGUCCAUAAUGAAACCGCUUCUGGGUUCCACUCACCUUAUCAAACUGCAGUUACUUCUCCUAUGAAAAAGAAUAUACUGGAUCAAGAUGGAAGAUUUAGCAUGGUUGGAAAUUCCUGGUCCAUAAUGCCUGCUAGUCUGUCGCUAAAUUUGUCAGAAUCUAGUAUGAAAAUUCAUUCACCAAGUAGCAAUGUCUCAUAUCAGGCCCAAGGAAAUGUGAGGUGUGGAGGCUUAAGUGAAAUGGCCAUCCUUCGUGGUCAUAGAAUCGAGCAUCACAAUGGAAACUGGCGGAUGCCUCCACCAGGCCAAUCUUUCGAUAAUCUUGCUCAAACCAGGGGGAGUACAACUCAGCUCUCGCGGAUUGAGCAGGAGCCAUAUAAGCAGAAGGAUGGAAACUAUAAAUUAUUUGGCAUUCCCCUCAUUAGCAGCCCUUCGACACGGGACUUUUCUGCCUUCGGCCAAAGAAAUGGUGAUGAGCCUUCAACUCUUCCUCCCACAUUGCAUCAUUUGCAUCACAGUGAAUCUGAUCGAAGUUCAGAACAGUCCAAGGGCUCCAAACAGAUGGACAAUCUGCCUGUCUGUAGCGAGCAGGAAAAGAAAAUGCCGCCAAAUUCCCAAUCUCUUUCCCGAGAUGCACAAAUGAAAGUACCGAGCGGAUCUUCCAGGAGCUGUACUAAGGUACACAAGCAGGGGAUUGCCCUUGGCAGGUCCGUAGACCUCUCAAAGUUUAACAACUACGAUCAAUUAGUUGAAGAAUUGGAUUGCUUGUUUGAUUUCAAUGGUGAACUCAAGAACCCUGAGAAGAAUUGGCUAAUUGUGUACACUGAUGACGAGGGUGAUAUGAUGCUGGUUGGAGAUGACCCAUGGCAGGAAUUCUGCGGCAUGGCACGUAAAAUAUUCAUCUACACCAAGGAAGAAGUACAAAAGAUGACGCCAAGGGCAUUGCACUCGAAAAAUGAUGAAAACACUCCAGGUUCAGAUUCAAAAGAAGCGAAACAAUCACUACCUUCAUCAGCAUCUAAUGCUGAAAGCCAUUAGUAGACGACAUUUAUGGAUUCUAGCUUUCUAGGUGUGUACUGUAAUUAGGUUCUCAGAGCUGGCAUUAAUAUAGGGAGGGAGGAGUAUGUGCAUUCCCCGCGGUCUAGUUGGGACAGGUGUAGGUGUGACAUUGAGGAGGCGGUCUUCAGUGUAACCCGUCUGUAUCUGUAUUACUCCCAGUUUUGAACGCAUUCUGUAGUCUUUUGGUGCAUGUUGAGCUAUAUACAUAAUUAUAAUAUGUAUACCCUUAAUUGCGAAGAGGCAUUAUUAGCCUUGGAGCCUCCAAUCGAUCUUGUAAAUAGCCUUUUUUUAAUUUUUAUUUAAUUUUAUUAAUCCCUGACCAGCCUCUUGAUGUAAGUAAGUGCUUCCUUAUCUAAUGAUUUUUAGCUGUUGUAUUAUUUCA